AAACCAUGUAUAACCUUCAAUCAACCAAAAUCCUCAAUUUCUCUUCAUUUUUGUUCCUUGGUGCGAUCAAAAAUGGUGGUGAUCGAGCAAGAAUCAGAGCCCAAGGAGAUCCUAACCGAAUCAAAACAAGAACCCUCAACGAAAUCGACACCGGAUCAAGGAGCAGCCGGCGAGGACGAUCCCUUUGAAGACGCCCUAACCCAAGAUCAACUAGACGAGCAGAGGACUUUGAAUCAAGCGAAUGAAUCGAAGUUAGAAGGUAACAAGUUGUUUGGGGCUGCGAAGUACGAGGAGGCUCUGUUGAAGUACGAGCACGCUUUGCAGAUUGCUGCUGAGGUUCCUUCGUCUGAGGAGGUUCAGGCUAUUUGUCAUGCGAAUCGUGGAGCUUGCUUCUUGAAAUUGGGAAAAUAUGAAGACAGUAUUAAAGAAUGCACCAAAGCACUAGAGCUAAAUCCUACAUAUACAAAAGCUUUACUUAGAAGAGCAGAGGCACAUGAGAAACUCGAUCACCUUGAAGAGGCUAUUGCUGAUAUGAAGAAGGUCACUGAGCUGGAUCCUUCAAAUGACCAAGCAAGAAGAGCCAUACGACGUUUAGAGCCAUUGGCUGAAGAAAAGCGUGAAAAGAUGAAGGAAGAGAUGAUUGGGAAGUUGAAAGAGAUGGGGAACUCUGUUCUGGGGCGGUUUGGGAUGAGUGUCGACAACUUCAAGGCUGUCAAGGAUCCAACUACGGGCUCAUAUUCUAUACAGUUUCAACGCUGAUCGUGUAAAUGGCAAGUGGGGAAAUGGAAAACAUUACAAGGAAAAUUUUAUGCUGGUUGAUAUAUGAAUGGCUGAUUUCUUUUUGUGAAUGUAAUCAUUUGAAACUGUGCCUCCCUUCUUUGCUUUUGAACUAGAGGCAGUCAUGUUAUGGCUUGUAUUUGCGCUGAUAUCCUUGUUGCUCAUCAAGAUUGUAAACUUGAAUAGUAUUGUAUGAGAUAUGAGGUUUUUUGUUUUUGUUUUUGUUUUUUC